GUGGGUCAGCCCGCCUCUCUUGACUGUCUCUCAGUCAGUCGCUGGAGCUGAUGGAGAUGGCUGUGUUCUGCCUCCGGCACUUCAUUCUAUCCUUCCACACACUCCUCCUAAUAGCUCUCUUCCUAGUAAACGCUUCAGCUGCUGAUCAGCCGCCCAUCCCUAACGAAAAUCUUUUAGUGCUUACCGUAGCAACAAGAGAAACAGAUGGCUUCAAACGCUUUAUGCAGACAGCUAAACAUCUCAACUACACAGUCAAGGUACUUGGUACAGAGGAGGAGUGGCGUGGAGGAAAUGUGCCUCACUCAAUUGGUGGAGGACAGAAAGUACGAUUGCUGAAGGAGGAGAUGCAAAAUUACGCUGAUCGUGAUGAUCUCGUAGUGUUGUUCACUGACAGUUAUGAUGUUCUUUUUGCCAGUGGCCCUGAAGAGCUACUGAGCAAGUUCCAGCAGUUCAAUCACAAGGUGGUAUUUGCUGCUGAAGGGCUUAUCUGGCCAGAUAUCAGACUUGCAGAAAAGUAUCCUAAUGUCCGCAGCGGAAAGAGAUUCCUUAAUUCAGGAGGUAUCAUUGGAUAUGCUUCUUCCUUAAAUCGCAUUGUAGAGAAAUGGCAACUGCAAGAUAAUGAUGAUGAUCAACUAUUCUAUACCAAAAUUUAUGUGGAUCCUUUAAAGCGACUUUCUAUCAACAUAACCUUGGAUCACAAAAGCAAAAUUUUUCAAAACUUGAAUGGGGCUGUAGAUGAAGUGGAGUUGCACUUUGAACCAACACGGGUCAGAACCAGGAAUAUAAUAUUCGACACGUUACCCGUACUAAUCCACGGCAAUAGACAAACCAAACACCUGCUGAACUAUCUUGGUAAUUAUGUUCCUGAUGCCUGGACUUCUGAAACUGGCUGUACAGUCUGUGAUGAAGAUUUACUGGAUCUGUCAACACUGGGCGAAUAUCCCAGUGUGACUGUCGGAAUAUUCAUUGAACGGCCAACACCUUUUCUUCCAGAGUUUUUGGAGAGACUCCUGACCCUUGAUUAUCCAAGGGACAAGCUUACUUACUUUAUUCACAACAAAGAAGUUUACCAUGAAAAACAUCUGCACAAGUUCUGGGAGAAGCACAACGGUGAACUUCAAGUGAAGUUUGUGGGUCCUGAGGAAAUUCUGAGUGAAGGAGAUGCCAGGAACAUGGGAAUGGAUUACUGUCGCCAAGAUCCGGGAUGCGAUUAUUACUUCAACCUGGAUUCAGAUGUUGUAUUGACGAAUCCAGAUACACUGAAGCUUUUAAUUGAGCAGAACAGGAGGAUAAUUGCACCAAUGAUUACCCAGUAUAAAAAGCUCUGGUCCAAUUUCUGGGGCGCGUUGACUCCCGAUGGUUACUACGCACGCUCUGAAGAUUAUGUUGAUAUUGUCGAAGGAAAAAGAGUAGGUGUAUGGAAUGUUCCCUACAUUGCACAUGUGUACCUUAUCAAAGGAACCACCUUGAGAGCAGAUCUAAAAGAGAAAAACUAUUUUAACCAGGACACGAUGGAUCCUGAUAUGUCACUUUGCAGAAACCUCAGGGAACAGAGAAUAGAAAAGGAAAAAGGCUCCCCUACUCCGGAAAGUUGCCAUAUGUUCAAGCCCCCAAAGGGCAUUUUCAUGUACAUUAGCAACCAGCACGAAUUUGGACGACUUCUUCCAACAGAAAAUUACAAUGCCUCACACGUGCACGGUGAUCUGUGGGAAAUCUUUGACAACCCAUUGGAUUGGAAGGAAAAAUACAUUCAUCCAAACUAUUCCAAGAUAUUCACAGGGCAGGUGGUUGAAGAGCCAUGCCCAGAUGUCUUCUGGUUCCCUAUAUUUUCAGAGACAACAUGUGAUGAACUUGUAGAGGAAGUGGAGCACUAUGGCAUUUGGUCUGGUGGAAAGAAUGAGGAUAAGCGGCUGGUUGGUGGAUAUGAAAAUGUUCCUACUGACGACAUUCAUAUGACCCAGGUUGGACUGGAACAGGUGUGGCUGCAAUUCAUUCGGGAGUACAUUGCACCAGUGGCACUAAAGCUUUUCUCUGGCUAUCACACCAAGGGUUUUGCCAUGCUGAACUUCGUUGUAAAGUAUACGCCAGAGAGACAGGCUUAUUUAAGACCUCAUCAUGAUUCCUCUACAUUCACUAUAAACAUCGCCUUAAAUAAUAAAGGAAUAGAUUAUCAGGGUGGAGGCUGCAAAUUCCAUCGAUAUAACUGUGCCGUCGAGUCCCCCAGGAAAGGGUGGAGUUUCAUACAUCCAGGAAGACUAACUCACCUUCAUGAAGGGCUUCCGACUACAAAUGGAACACGAUACAUUGCAGUGUCUUUUGUUGACCCAUAGAACUCCAAUGUUCUUGCACCCUAGUGAACACACAAAAUAUGAUCAGAGGCUUGUCUUUUGAAACUUCCGACCUCCAAUUCAAGAUAUAAUGGAGUAGAAAUUUGUCUUUGGCAGUAAUGCAAAGGGACGAUAUUGGAUCAGCCACUCAUUAAACACUGUGCCUGAUAUUUAAUCCCAUUGAGCUAUGGAUAUCGGGCGCUGUGUGUGUAACAAGCAGCUGAUCCGAUAUUGCCUAUUUUGUGCUGUCGCCUGAGAUGAGUUUCUACCCCCAAUGUUUUUUAAAUAAAUGCCUGAAUUUCCUUGCGGUGAUUGAGAAAUUAGAGGUUUUUUUUUAAAAGUCGCAUUUCUAUUAAACUUGAAUGAUUAUUUGCAUUAAAGGCAAGUAUCAGUGAGAAGGCAUACUUGGCAGAAAUGUUCCAUCAUGUUGGUUAAGAAGCUGCCUCUUGCUGUUGAAUAAUCACCAGUUGAAAGACUCCUGAAGCCCUGUGACCUUUUCUAUUGGUAUCAUAUGUUACGCAAACAGAGGACAUAUCUGCUGAAAACUACGCCGUUAACCUGCCUAUAGACUAGGUAGGAGUAUUUUAUACCAUUUACACGAUAGACCAUUGUUAAUAAGCAGCUUUGCUUAAAGGACAAAAACAACAAGAAAAGAUUGCUCACAAGGUUGACAUGUAAAACAGAUCAACUACAUGCAAUUCAGCAGCAACAGAUAGGCUUCACACCACCACGAUCAGACGAAGAUGCUAACUUAAAUCAAAUAUCAACCUGCAUAGGAUACCUUAAGCAGAGAAGGCUUGAACGUGCCGAGAUAGAAGAGAUGAGUGCCUUACACUUAAACUGCGCUCCCCAAUCAUUCUAGUUCCUUUAAUUGACCUUCUCGUUGGACAACCCCCCCCCCACUUUUUUUUGAAGAAUAGAAUUUGCAUAGCAGGUUCGAUAUUACCAAACUAGAAAGUUGUUUUUAAAGGAUGGUCCAGUGCUACGUGUAUUGUACUAAAAGCUUUUCUUAAGUCUGAACAUUUUUUUUUUUACCUGUACACACAAAUCAAAUUGUACUGUUUGAAGAAUUAAAUUUCUGGGCAGUAAAUAUUCUGUCAGUGUUAAACCAGUUAUAAAUAUUCAGAACAAAUCUGCUCACUGGAGCUACGAAAAACACAACUGUGGCCACAGUACAGUGUACUGUGCACAACCUGCCUAUGGAGGGCAAAGUUAACUUAUUCUGCCAAGUGUUUUUAAUUUUAAAUAAAAAUGUGUUGAAAAAUUA